AUGACCUACCGUGUCCCCCGGCAGAGUGGGAGCAGUUUCCACGUGUUUGACCAGGGCCAGUUCGCCAAGGAGGUGCUGCCCAAGUACUUCAAGCACAGCAACAUGGCCAGCUUCGUGCGGCAGCUCAACAUGUAUGGCUUUCGGAAAGUGGUCCACAUUGAGCAGGGUGGCCUGGUCAAGCCAGAGAGGGACGACACUGAGUUCCAGCACCCGUGCUUCCUGCGUGGCCAGGAGCAGCUCCUGGAGAGCAUCAAGAGGAAAGUGACCAGUGUGUCCACCCUGAAGAGUGAGGACAUAAAGAUCCGCCAGGACAGUGUCACCAAGCUGCUGACAGAUGUGCAGCUGAUGAAGGGGAAACAGGAGUGCAUGGACUCCAAGCUCCUGGCCAUGAAGCAUGAGAACGAGGCCCUGUGGAGGGAGGUGGCCAGCCUGCGGCAGAAGCACGCACAGCAGCAGAAAGUCGUCAAUAAGCUCAUUCAGUUCCUGAUCUCGCUGGUGCAGUCAAACCGGAUCCUGGGGGUGAAGAGAAAGAUCCCCCUGAUGUUGAAUGACAGCAGUUCGGCACACUCCAUGCCCAAGUACGGCCGGCAGUACUCCCUGGGGCACGUCCAUGGCUCAGGCCCAUACUCGGCCACGUCCCAGGCCUACAGCAGCUCCAGCCUCUAUCCUCCAGACUCUGUCUCCAGCUCCGGACCCAUAAUCUCUGACAUCACUGAACUGGCUCCCUCCAGCCCCUUGGACUCCCCAGGCAGGAGCAUAGAUGAGAGGGCCCUAUCUAGCAGUCCACUGGUGCGUGUCAAAGAGGAGCCCCCUAGCCCACCACGGAGCCCCCGGGUGGAGGAGGCAAGUCCGGGACACCCGUCCUCCGUGGACACGCCUCUGUCGCCGACUACCCUCAUUGACUCCAUCCUGCGAGAGAGCGAGCCUGCCCCCGCUGCCUCAGCCACAGCCCUGGAGGAUGCUGGGGGCCACACCCCAUCACCCUCACCUGCCUCUGCCCCAGAGAAGUGCCUCAGCGUAGCCUGCCUGGACAAUUUGGCUCGCACUCCACAGAUGUCUGGGGUCGCCCGCCUCUUCCCCUGUCCCUCUUCUUCCUCUCUGCAUGGCCGAGUCCAGCCAGGGAAUGAGCUCAGCGACCACUUAGAUGCCAUGGACUCCAACCUGGACAACCUGCAGACCAUGCUGACCAGCCACGGCUUCAGCGUGGACACCAGUGCCCUACUGGAUCUGUUCAGCCCCUCGGUGCCCGACAUGAGCCUGCCUGACCUUGACAGCAGCCUGGCCAGCAUCCAGGAGCUCCUGUCUCCCCAGGAGCCUCCUAGGCCUCUGGAGGAGGAGAACAGCAGCCCUGACUCAGGAAAGCAGCUGGUGCACUACACGGCACAGCCUCUGUUCCUCCUGGACCCGGGCUCUGUGGACACGGGGAGCAGCGACCUGCCCGUGCUGUUUGAGCUGGGGGACGGCUCCUACUUCUCAGAGGGGGACGACUACACAGAUGACCCCACCAUCUCCCUGCUGACAGGCUCUGAGCCCUCCAAAGCCAAGGAUCCCACCGUCUCCUAGAGGCCCCAGGAGGAGCCAGACUGGCCCGUGGCCUGCCCUUUCCCGCCUCCCGCCCCCCCCCCAGUGCAGGGCUGGUCCUGGGGCGGCGGGGCAGGCACACAGUCCUAGGACGUAGUGGGUGGGCCACCACAGCCCCAGCUGGGGCAGAAAGGGGCUCGGGGCUGGGCGGUGCCUCCGGUCAGGAGUGAGGCUCCCCCAGGCCUGCCCACCUGCUGCCUUUGCCAUGGCCCCAAGCACCAUGUUUUCGUUGGAGCUUCACAGCCACACUUGGACUGACCCUGCAGGUUGUUCAUAGUCAGAAUUGUAUUUUGGAUUUUUACAUGAGAGUCCCCCUUUUUCCUUCAUAGAGAUACAGAUAUAUAUACCCAGGUGGACAGACGGACGGACGGACAGAGACAGGCAGAGAUCUAUAAACAGACAGGCUCUCCA